ACCAGCCUGCGCUUUGUGAAACUUUGAUUUCUUUCGUCCCGCUUUUAAAGACAAGCUUUAUACAUGGGGGAUACGAAAAUUACUCCCGAAGUGUUGGAGCAACUACUACAGUUUUACAAUCUUACUCGUCAGGAGUUUAUUAAAACGUAUGAGAUUCAGCCGUUGGUUUACAUCCCUGAGUUACCGGCCAGCGCCAAAACUAUAUUUGUUAUUGUGUACACUGUGAUUUUUCUCCUGGCUCUCAUUGGCAAUAGUCUAGUUGUCUACAUUGUCUUAAGAACGCGUGGGAUCCAGACCGCCACAAAUAUUUUCAUCUGCUCUCUAGCCGUCAGCGACCUCCUGAUAUCUUUCUUCUGCAUCCCAUUCACUCUGCUGCAGAACAUCUCUUCUGAAUGGUUCGGGGACCACUGCUAUUGUGACUGGCAUUCUCACAAUGACCUGCAUCGCUGUGGAGAGGUACCAGGGGAUUGUACACCCUCUGAAAAUAAAAAGACAGUGCACUCCACAAAGAGCAUACAGAAUGCUGGGGGUUGUCUGGAUCGCAGCCAUGCUGGUUGGAUCUCCAAUGCUCUUUGUUCAACAUUUAGAGGUGAAAUAUGAUUUUCUAUAUGAUCUCCAUCAUGUGUGUUGUCUGGAGCGCUGGAGCUCAAGUGCCCACAGGAAGCAGUAUGCUACUUUUAUUCUAGUGUUCCUCUUCCUCCUACCUCUUGCAGCCAUGCUGCUACUCUACACCAGAAUUGGUAUUGAGCUCUGGAUUCGCAAACAAGUUGGAGACUCUUCAGUGCUCAAUGCCAUGAACCAAAGGGAGGUCAGCAAAAUAUCCAGAAAGAAGCGAAGGGCCAUCAAGAUGAUGGUCACCAUUGUUGUGCUGUUUACUGUCUGCUGGGCACCUUUUCAUACAGUUCAUAUGCUGUUUGAAUACAGUUACCUGAACAAGACGUAUGAUGACAUCACAGUCAAUAUGAUUAUUGCUGUUGCCCAGGCCAUAGGUUUUUUUAAUUCAUUCAGCAACCCUAUUAUUUAUGCUUUCAUGAAUGAGAACUUCCAGAAGAACUGCAUGUCCACCUUUCCCUUUUGUAUUCGGCGGUCCAGUCAACGUGUGGAUGUGAAGGAUGAAACGACAAAGGACAAGGUACUUUUUUGUAAGUCUUCCAGACAAGAGGAAGACUUCUCUGUCGUGCCCAGAAUACAUGUAGGUGAUCAAGUGCAAUCUGCAAGAUUGGAGGAUCCAUUUUUGGAGGAGAGAAUCUGCUGAGAGCAAUUGAUGCAUCCAAGAUGUAGCUGUAAUGUAUGUAUACACACACA